GUGGGGGCCGGGUCAUGAGACUCCAGGGGUGGGUCCUCCUCUUCAGUAAAGUCUCCCCCUGUUUUCUCUCAGCAUCCUGGAGGCAGAAACACACGUGUGUGCUCAGUCAGGCUGCAGCUAUCAUGGCAGAGGAAGCAAAGAAACUGGCUGCUUAUGCUGCGGUGGAUAACCAUGUCCAGAACAACCAGGUGGUGGGAGUGGGCAGCGGGUCAACCAUCGUCUAUGCUGUGGACAGAUUAGCGGAGAGAGUGCGUCAGGAGAAACUCAACAUCGUGUGUGUGCCCACGUCUUUCCAGGCCCGUCAGCUGAUUCUGCAGCACGGCCUCACGCUGUCGGAUCUGGACAGGCACCCAGAGCUGGAUGUGGCGAUUGACGGGGCGGAUGAAGUGGACGCAGAUCUUACGUUGAUCAAAGGUGGAGGCGGCUGCCUGACUCAGGAGAAGAUUGUUGCUGGCUGUGCAAAGCAUUUCGUGGUCAUUGCAGAUUACAGGAAGGACUCCAAGGCUCUGGGCCAGCAGUGGAAGAAGGGAAUUCCCAUCGAGGUUAUCCCCAUGGCGUACGUUCCCAUCUCCAGGAAGAUAGCCAAGAGCUUCGGAGGAGAAGCCAACUUGCGAAUGGCUGUCAGUAAAGCGGGUCCGGUGGUCACUGACAAUGGCAACUUCCUCCUGGACUGGAAGUUUGAGCACGCUCAGAACUGGAAAGCAGUCAACACGAAUAUCAAGAUGAUUCCAGGUGUUGUGGACACAGGACUCUUUGUCGGCAUGGCUGAGCGGGCUUACUUUGGGAUGGAGGAUGGAAGCGUGAAAGUUCGGGAUCCUCCAGUCAAAUGAGCAGCUGCUAUAUCAUCACCCUCUCUGACCUCCUUUAUGAAUGACCUCACUUCUCCCGCAAGUGCCGUGUUGAUUAUCUCCUCCUGCUCUGAGACCGUGUUCGGACAGAGCUGGACUAACCCGUAGCACGCAGGUUUUCACACCUCGUCUCGAAAACCAGAUAAGAUUCAGCCUCGCUUGAUUUUCCUCAUCCUGCAUGAUGUGGUGCUUAAGAUUCUGUGAGUUUUAAAGUGCCUGAUGAGGAAAAUCAAGAGUGUCUGAUUAAGUUUUCAUUUCAUUUUCAUUUAGUGUGUUUGCUCAGUUUCUGGUCACACUGGGAAUGUUAGCUCUCCCUGUAAUUAGUGGGUUUGACUGAAUGUCUGCAGAAUAAAACUAAUGUGUGCCUUGAGAUUAAAAUUAGUUUUAUUGAAAAUGAUGCUCUCAAAGUUACAUUUAAUAAGCUUGUAAUUGUACAUCAGACUAUUAUAUUCUGGACAACUGCAGCUAACAAAAGUCCAGCAGUCAAGUGAGAAAGCUUGAGACAGAAAUAGUCUGAUAUGCCUUGAGGUUUUGUUGUUCUCUUAAUUGAUUUUUUUUUUUUUUAAAUAUAACAGAUGGGGGUGUAAUAUGACCUUUACAUACUAAAACACAAAGGAAUUAUACUUAUGUCAAGAACAUAAUUUUCCUAAUUAAUAUGCUAAUUUCAACAGCAAGAUGCUGCAAACUUUAAUGAGAUUGUCGACAACUUCAGGAGACCCUGUGGUGCAGGUGUGAAGUUCCAUUAUUUAGUGUUUUGUAUU